UGCACGUCCCAUGGCCGCAGUCCACAUCUGCCGUGUCAUCCACGUUUCGUCGGCGCGUGCUCCCGGGCAGCCGUCGCUGAAACGACUAAUUAAUCACUGUUCUCACCUUGUGUUUGCGCUGUUCUGGUGCGGGCAAGUUCUAGAAGGCUGCCUACGGCUGCUUGGCACACAAGGCUGGCCGCGCUGAAGCCGGAAGCGGUAUUGCACUCUGCCAGGACCGGGGCGGCCUGGAAGUCAUCUUUGUCCCUGCUUCUCCCGCGGCCCUUUUUAUGCCUCCUCCUCGAUGCUCCCAUGUUCCCAUGCUAUUAUGCUCCCAUGCGCUGCUUCUCCUGCCCCAACAAUGUCGCAUCGCCCCAGCAGAAAGCCGCAGUCGUCUAGUUCUCAUGUACUCCGUACCACGUACUCCAACCAAACCCCGUGCCGCCCGCAUCGGGUCGUCCUUUUGCUGACGACAGCGACCACCACAACCACAGCUGCAAGGCACCCGACCACCCGACGCUUCCACUUUGGGGCAGGCCCCGAUGGAAUUGGCUGCGUGGAUUGGGCUUCCUUUGGCCAAGGCCGUUGCCUAUCGCAUCCAAUCCCAUCCACUCAUCUAUCGAAUCUGAUGCCACCAACCUCAUCAUGACCGGUACGAAUAUUGCGUCUGAGCGAGGCUUGGCCCCUCUCCGCUCCGCUCCCUUGCACACCACCACACCACCACAUCUGGCCCAUCUCCCGCAUCUACCAACGACAUGUCUCGGAGAAAGGACAAUGGUAAUUCCAUACACGCCAGAACCACUGAGCCAGCAUCUGAGCCAGCAUCGCGCCGUGACUCAUUUUUAGCAACUAGAUGCAAUGCAAUGUUAUCACGCCCUUGCUGCGGUGCUAGGAUGCAGUACUUGUGAUUCCAAAGCAGCGCUUUCAGCUUUCCUCUUCCCCUCUUUUCCCUUUCUUGACCUCACCAACGGCCUAACUUCCCCUCACGCAACGGAACAAGACGACUUCUUUGAAACAUCCCUUUCUUCCGCGUCUCUCCCUGCGCAGACUUGCUCACUUAGAAACAGACGACUUCUAAUAAAUUACUCUAUUGCGCCA